AUGGGAUCCACCAACCAAAAAUCCCAAUGCUGUAGAUGGCUAUCGCAUUUUCUACCAUGAAGCGGCCAUAAUUGGUAACGAUGUGACAUCUAGCGAGACAAUAAAUGGCGGUGCUGGUGUUAGCGGUGCCGCUGCGGUUCUCGAGCCAACAAUGCUGAAUAAUAAUGCAACAAGCAUGCCAAUGGGAGGUGUUGGUGGUAAUAUCACGGCUCCGCCACUAAUAGGCAGUGAGGUGAGACGCAUUGACGUCAAGGAAACCAGUGUGAAUAUAGAUGGUCUCAAAAAGGAUGUCUUAUACGAGUUGGUUGUGAAAGCUGGCAAUAUCUAUGGUGCCAGUGUUUUAACGGAACCGAUAAAAUUCACACUUGGCGAGCAUCAUGUUACCUCCGCGACAACAUUAUACUCGAAUGCUGUGGGCACGAUAAGCGGCAUCGUUGCCAGCAUUUUGGCGGUGCUGUUAGCAGCCGCCGCCAUUAUUUUCUACAGACGACAUCGAGCAAAUGGUAAGGCAGCCACUGGAGUGGCAUUUGAGAAUCCAACAUACACUCGAGGUUUAGAACAAGUACAGUUACCAACUGUAACAUCCGCCCUGACGCAUACUAAUGGCAAUGGUAACUUUAGUCGGGCACCAGCCGCCUCAACCAAUUUGACAACAACAACAAAUACGACAACGCCUGCCACCAUGACGACCCGAGUGGGGACAAACGGCGGAGUUGUGAUUGGUGCCGGUGAUGGGCAUAGUAGUGGUAAUGGAGCAGCCAAUAAAACCUCAAGUCUGUAUGGCGUAGAUUCACACACCCAGUGCAAUGAAGUGAACCCAACAAUCUAUGAAGAGCUCAAACUUGGUCAAGAAGGUGCGGGAUUUAAAAAGCUUGUGCCAUAG